AUGGCAGGGGAUAUUGUAGUAGGGAUGCUCUAUAACUUACUGCUGCCACUUAUUCUACUAACAGCUAUAGCCUUUCGCUACAAUGGCCUCUCUGUGGUGUAUCUUCUGUUUUUGCUGUCUUUACCUUUGCUGCCCAGCCCUACGCUGACCACCAUGAAGGGAAAUACAGGCAGGUUCCUCCUAAUUGUUUGCUCCACAGGUGUAAUGUUUCUGGCCCUACAGUGUGGAAUACAGAUCACGUACGCAUACGUCCCUAAAGAGAUAAGUGGACCCUGGGAAAACAUCCUCUAUCAUCUUGGUAUUGUGAGAUUUAGUGAUGUUGAUGCUGGGAACGUACUGCGUCUCCUGAUGCCGGACUUUGGCCUGUUCCUGUCGACCUUCUUCAUCCGGCGUUUGUGUAACAAGCUACUGCGACCACCAUCUAUUAAUGACCAUGAGCACAGCAUUCAGCUCUCUGACACUGAGGAUGAUGAAACAUCUGACUCAGAGUAUGAGGAGGAGAGUGACAGGUCGUGUUCAGACAGUUCUGAAGAGAGCAAAGCAGCCCCAGCGACUCCUCCUCAAUUUGUGCAGAAGCUUAUUGUCUUUGCAGCUGGUCUAAGACUGCUCCUCUCUACUGUCAUGAAUACUGCUGGAAAAGUAGUGGUGACCAUACUGCUGGGGCUCGCAGGUAUAGCUCUACCUUCACUGACUUCAGCCUUGUAUUUUGGGGCAUUCCUGAGUCUUGUGUGGUGUUGGGUGUUGGGUUAUUCUAUUGAUCUGCUGCUUUUUAGCACAUUGUGUCUAAUGAUGACUAUAUUUAGUGGCGGACACAUCCUGAUCCUCUACCUCUAUCAGCUGCCUCUGUUCCAGCAGCUGGUACCUCCUCAGGACCUUUAUGCCAGGCUAUUUGGAAUGACUGCAUUCAUCCACACAAAUGCAUCAGAACCAUACAGUCUUGGCCUGCAGGCGGAUGUGAGUUGGCCUGUGAUAAUAAACCCUCUGGUAUUAUUGGUGCUGUACUACACAAUGGUGGCUCUUCUCCAAAAAUGGACUUCCACAGCUGAAGAGCCAGUCCUCAUGAUGAUAAACAGCUCUUGGCAGGACCGCGAUUCUUCUGGGAUGAACUCGCUGCCCUCAGACAAUGGCUACCCACGCUGCCUUUCCCUUCCGCCGUACACCCAAGAUGACUGCUCUUACGGUGUUCACACACAUACUCUUGUGGAUGAAGAAGAAGCGAGCUGUGAGAGAGAUGAUGAUACCCUGGAUGACGUAGAACCCUUGUCAACUUCUGAACCCAGUGCCUUCACUCUGCUGGGUCAGUCCAUCAUGAGACAGAGCUACGUUAGCGCUCUCAUCAUAAUGAUGGUAUGGAGCAUCACUUACAAUUCAUGGCUCACAUUUGCUAUGUUGGUGUGGUCUUGUGUGAUCUGGAUGUCAAAGCGUCGACGGCAGUACACCAUGCUCAGUGCUCCGUUUCUCGCUGCCUAUUGUACUCUGCUGCUGGUGGCUGGGUUUAUUAGCUCUCUCCGUUUACAUCAUGACGAGCUUUUCCCUACUCUCCCCGAGACAGUUUUAGUUGACUUUGAUCUUUAUGGCUAUAAGACACCCUGUCUGCAUCUUGGAGCAAAGACGAUUUUUGCAUUUAAUUUCUGGAUGUUGCUGCGACAACAGUUGAUUGAAAGAAAAGAAGAACAGCAAUGGAAAGAGGAGAAUCUUCAGGAGGUCAAAAUUAAAACUGAUGAGGGUGAGUCAUCUAGGAUGGUGACUAUAUUAGGAGCAUUUAUUAAAGGCACUUUAGUAAAGUAUUGGAUCCUCUGCUGCUGCUCCAUGUUCUUCAUCAUCAGCUUCUCUGGGAAAGUAGUUGUCUACAAAAUCCUCUACAUCUGCCUUUUUCUCUUCUGUGCUGUUCUCUACCAGGUGCAUUAUGAAGUAUGGCGCCGUGUUCUGAAGUACUUCUGGGCUAUAGUGGUUGGAUAUUCCAUGCUGGUGUUGAUCCUGAUUUACAUGUACCAGUUUAAGACUGUCUCAGGCCUGUUUCGUCAGAUCAUAGGCAUGUCGGAAGAGGGGCUGCGGGACCUGGGCCUGGAGCAGUUUGACAUGGUGGAGUUGUUUGCACAGAUCUUGCUUCCUGCUGCCUUUCUACUGGCCUGCAUCCUACAGCUCCACUACUUCAAUAGUGACUUCCUCUCUCUCACCGACCUACAGAAUGUACCUGUGCGUAAUGGUGCAACCAGAGAAGAAGAACUCGGAGAGACUCUGACCUUGAUAUCAGAUACGGUGAAAGAAAACAUUGAAAAAUUCCAGAAACGGUUGGUCAAGGAGCAGCUAGGAGGAGAGGGAGAUGAUUUAUUGGACAGCUCAGGACUAAACCCCUCAUUGGUCAGUGAACAGAGUGAGGAGACAGAAGGAGAAGUUUCAGAGAAAAAAAAGCUGGAGUGUAUAUUAAUAUGUGUCAAUGUGUUUAUUUCAGAACCAGUGGUAAACAAGUGGUUGUUAGUGGUGGACCGGAUGAGUGAGUUGAUGCUGCAAAUUCUGCUGUGGUUGAAUAGAGGUCAGGAGUUUUGCUGGAGGUUGUUAGAACUCCACAGCCUCAAACUUGUUGCUACGGGCAUCAUCUGGGUCAGCCUGAAAGAGGUUUCUUUGAUGAACUUUUUGUUUCUGGUGUUGUGGACAUUUGCUGUGCCAUAUUCAAGACUGCGGCCGGUGGCCUCCACCGUGUCCUCUGUGUGGGCCUGUGUGAUGGUUGUGUGUAAAAUGAUGUAUCAGCUCAAAUUCAUCAAACCAUCUGAGUAUUCUCUUAACUGCACUGCUGGCUUUCUGGUCUCCAAUGUGAGCUGGUACAGUGGGAAUGUGGCUCAGCUUUUGCAGAAGUCAGUUUUAUACAUGGAACCAGUGGACCCAGCUUGGUGGAUUGGGGGUCUAAGAAAGUGUGAGGAUUCCAUCCUGCCCUGCCUGCGGAAUCAUCUGUUAAUACUGGGCCUCCUCGUGUUUGACGUGACUGUCCAUCGGCACCAACUCUACCACCGUCUCCACAAUGACUUAAAGACCCCUCCAAAAGGUGCCAUUUUCCAGAAUAUGACCUGGCAGCACCUGGACCGUGGUGUCCUGCCCUGCCUCAAGUACUUCUGCAACUAUUUCUUCUACAAGUUCGGCCUUGAGAUGUCCUUUGUGGUGGCAGUGAACGUUAUAGGCCAGAGGAUGGACUUCUACGCUCUUCUGCACUCGUUCGCUCUGAUCACAGUUUUGGGACGUCGCCGCAGGAAGGCCAUUGGUGAGAUGUGGCCUAAAUAUUGCUGUUUUACCGCCAGCCUUAUGGUGUUCCAGUACCUGCUCUGUAUUGGCUUGCCUCCUGCACUCUGUACUGAUUAUCCCUGGAGGAAAUCUACUCCAGCUUUCACCUCUAAUCUGAUAAAAUGGCUGUAUCUGCCAGACUUUGCCAUGCAGCCUAACCCCACUUUCAUCCUUUAUGACUUCUUGCUGCUGAUGGUAGCCUCUCUGCAAUGGCAGGUGUUUGAAGAUGAGAAUAAAGCCUCUGUGAGACUCCUGGCGGGGGAAAAUGUGGAGAUCAGCAGAAGCCUAGAUCCUCGGUCGCUUAAUCAGUACACAUCAGUUGGCAACUUUUUGCACUGCAGGUCAUAUCUUGACAUGGCAAAGGUUUUUGUGUUCAGUUACUUCUUCUGGUUGGUGUUGUGCCUUGUUUUCAUCACUGGCACCACUCGUAUUAACAUCUUCUGUCUGGGCUAUCUGGUGGCCUGUUUCUACUUUAUGCUGUUUGGAGACACUGUGCUGCUGCAGCCUGUACGAUAUAUACUCAGACUAUGGGACUGCCUUAUUGCCUAUACCUCUGUGGUCAUUUGCCUGAAGAACUUGAUCUCGCUGGGAUCCUGUGCUUAUCUGGACAGUUUACUGAAGAAUGGCUGUUGGCUUAUUCAAGCUUUCAGCAUGUUCUGCACUAUUAAAGGCUACGAUGUGCCUGAACCUGAUGAUGAGUGUGAGUUGCCAGCAGGAGAGGCUGGUAUUGUGUGGGAUGCGAUUUGUUUUGCUGCUCUGUUGGCUCAAAGGAGAAUAUUCCUCAGCUACUACUUCCUGUAUGUUGUGUCUGACCUUAGAGCCUCGAAGAUCCUUGCUUCCAGGGGUGCAGAGCUGUUUGAAGCCAAAGUGAAGAAACGGGUGGCAGCUAGGCUGGAGAUGGAGAAGAAAUCUGUGAAACUUCUGAAGAAACAGAUGGAGAAAAUAAAGUCAAAACAAAAGAGUCAACCAGCGCACGACCCUAAACCAAAAAGUGACACAGAGCCAACAGGGGAGGGUGAUGAGGGGAAAUGGUGGAAGCCAUGGGUCUCUCGCCCCUCAGUCUGGGACUCCUGUGAGUAUCGCCUCUUUGAAAGUGACAGUGAGGAAGAGGAAUGUGGAGUGGAGGAGAAAAAAGAGGAAGAGUCUGCUCCAAAGAAAAAAUCUGCCUUUCAGUUGGCCUACGAGGCUUGGGUAGCAGGAUCCAAGGCUGCGCUCAGGGGUCAUGAGAGGGAGGAAGCUCAGCUGAGGAGAGUCGAGAGGAGGAGAGCCAAGAAAGAGCUGCAAAGAGAGCGGGGCAUAGAAAGAGCUGCGUCCAGUGAGGAUGAAUUGGAUGAAGCCAGCCCUGAACCAGAGGAAGAAGGGAAAGAACACAUUUACCAGCGGAUCUUUGACUUUCUGAGGUUUAGCUGGAUCUUCCUUCUGUCCCUCAUCGAUGACUUGACAGCAGGCUUGAACUCGUUCUGUAAGGACAAUCUGGACAUCUCUAAGGUGCUGCGCCUGGAGAGAGCACUGCUGAGCCAGCAGCAGAACAAGGGCAGGGAGGUCACCCAUGACAGUAUCCUUCAGUUCUACCAGACCCAUCUGUCCAGACAGAGCACACAGAUCUUGCUGGAUGAGGAGCUAGCUACACCUUCUGUUUCACCACCACCAUUGCCUGCCACGCCUCGUGGCUAUGCCAAACUAAAGAGUGCUAACUCCAAGCUGUCCUGGAGUAGCAGUGUCUCCAGCUGCUUGACCGAAGAGACCAUGCUGAUGUCACGUCAGCCUACUCAAGAUGACAUUGAUGAACCCCGUUCAGCUUCACCCAAAACAGAUCAACACAUCUCUCAACCCACAGCUCAACAGCUACGCCGGAAACUCCUGAAAUGUGCUAAUGUAGAUAUGACAUCAUUUGACCAAGAGAGUCACCUGCCAGAUCAUGAUGAACCGUCUGCUGUAAAUGAAGAGGAUGAAGAGGCAGAAGAUGAAAUGGAUAGGGAAUGGGAAAAGAAGGAAGAAGAAGAAAAUGAGGCAGAGGAACAAGGAGAAGAUCACUUUGAAAUGAAACGUGUUUUACUUAAGUCAUUGUCGUUGGACUCUUUGGCCAUGGUGCCGAAGAGGGAGAACAUUCCAGAACCUCAGGCACUUAGUCAGGAGACCAGGGCCCUCACUGCCAGCGAACUGCUGCUUAACAAUAUGUUUCAGAUCCCAGAGAUCGACGAGUCUGAUAAGUUCUACCAUUCCUUACCACGUCAACUGCGACUCAUCUUCGCCCUCUAUAACACCAUGGUCUCCCAGUCAGAGAUGCUCUGCUACUUCGUCAUCAUCCUCAACCAUAUGGUGUCUGCCUCUCUGCUCACACUCUUCCUCCCCAUCCUCAUCUUCCUCUGGGCCAUGCUAUCCGUGCCACGGCCCACCAAGCGAUUCUGGAUGACCGCCAUCAUCUACACUGAGCUUACUGUUGUAGUGAAGUACUUCUUCCAGUUUGGUUUCUUUCCAUGGACUACCUCUGCGUAUCGUGGGAUUAACGCAGAGCGUCCGUUCGCCCUGCCCAACAUUGUGGGAGUGGAAAAGAAAGAUGGCUACGUUCUGUUUGACCUCAUCCAGCUGCUCGCUCUUUUCUUCCAUCGUUCCAUCCUCAAGUGUCAUGGACUCUGGGACAACAAAGAGGUGGAGAUGCCUGAUUUCUUUAAGAAGCUAAAGAAGAAAACAGAGAAGAAGAGGCAGAGUGGAGUGACAAGAGGAGAGCAGGGAGAGACAAGAAGACGACUCCUCUUCCUUCCGCUCCAGACCUCCACUGCUUCUCUUUUUUGCAGGCAGAGGGGUGGCGAGAGUUCUGAUAGCCAUGAUAUUGAGCAGGUGAAGAAGAAUCACUCAAAGAAGAAGAAACGGCAACACAAAGUGUUUCCUUUAUCCAGGAAAGAGCAGAUCAGACAGCGGGUCAGAGAGAGACUACUGGAAGCUAAGGCUGCCAUUAUAGAAGUUGCUCUACACAUAUACUUACCCAUCAGGCAGUUCUUCUAUGACAUCAUCCACCCUGAGUACAGCCCUGUGUGCGAUGUGUACGCUCUGAUGUUCUUGAUAGAUGUUGUAAACUUUAUCAUCAUUAUCUUCGGAUACUGGGCUUUUGGGAAGCAUAGUGCUGCAGCUGACAUCACUGAAUCCUUAUCAGAGGACCAAGUUCCUGAGGCCUUCCUGGUCAUGCUCCUCAUCCAGUUUGGCACCAUGGUAGUGGACCGUGCACUCUAUCUACGCAAAACCCUGCUGGGGAAGUGCGUGUUCCAGGUGGUUCUGGUGUUUGGGAUACACUUCUGGAUGUUCUUCAUUCUGCCUGGAGUCACAGAAAGGAGGUUCAACAGAAACCAAGUUGCACAGCUAUGGUACUUCGUGAAGUGCAUCUAUUUUGGUCUGUCGGCAUACCAAAUCAAAUGUGGCUACCCCAACCGAGUCCUUGGCAACUUUCUCACUAAGAACUACAACUACCUCAACCUCUUUCUCUUCCAAGGGUUUCGGUUAGUCCCAUUUCUGACCGAGCUGCGGGCAGUGAUGGACUGGGUGUGGACAGAUACCACCCUCAGUCUGUCUAGCUGGAUCUGUGUGGAGGACAUCUAUGCCAACAUCUUCAUUCUCAAGUGUUGGAGGGAGUCUGAGAAGAAAUAUCCUCAUACUCCAGGACAGAAAAAGAAGAAGGUGGUGAAGUAUGGCAUGGGUGGUUUCAUCAUUUUUGCCCUCAUCUGCAUUGUGUGGUUUCCUCUGCUCUUCAUGUCAUUGGUCAAAUCAGUUGCUGGAGUAACCAACCAGCCGUUAGAUGUUUCCAUCCAGCUUAGCAUAGCAGGAUACGAGCCUUUGUUCACCAUGAGUGCCCAAGAACAGAAUCUGGUGCCUUAUUCUCAAUCUGCGUACCACAAGAUGACUAAUGUUUAUGCCACCCACCCGUCUGCAAUGCAAUUCAUAGUAAACUACAUGGCAGAGGACAUAGUGAUAGCGAAGGUUAAAAGUGAUGCCAGUUUGCUGUGGAGCAUCAGUCCCGCCAGCAGAGAAGCCAUGAUUCAGGAACUCAGCAAUUCCUCACACAUUUAUGUCACACUACGCUGGACCUUACUGAGAAAUGCAUCCCUGGUGAUGAAUGCAGAAACAGCUGGUGAACAUACAGUAAAAUAUGAGGACAAAGAGCUGAAAGACAAUCUGGUGCAGAUGCUCCAAGGAACACGUAGCGAGUCAGUGAUCAUUGACAAACUGCUGCCUAAAUAUAUCAGAGGACCUUCCGGACCAGAGGCUAAAAUGGCACAUCGACUUAUUGUCGAACAUUCCAGUCGCCCAGAUGAUCUUCAUUUAGCUUUCUUCCAUCCACUGUCCAUCAAACUGCGACAAGCCAAUGGGAGUAUAGAGGGCAGAGGGCUUCAGUGGUGGGUGGUGGAGGAGUGCACUCCAGGACCUCCACCAAUGAGGUGCCAGAACAUUGAGAUUGUGGUCUUCAAUGACAAAGUCAGUCCAUCCAGCCUGGGCUUCUUAGCCGGAUAUGGUAUCAUGGGGCUGUACAUGUCAGUGGUGCUGGUGAUUGGUAAGUUCGUACGAGAAUUCUUUAACGGAAUAUCCCGCUCCAUCAUGUUUGAGGAGCUGCCGAAUGUGGACCGGGUGCUGAAACUGUGCACUGACAUCUUUGUCGUCCGGGAAGCUGGUGAGAUGGAUUUGGAGGAACAACUGUUUGAGAAACUCAUCUUCUUAUACCGCUCGCCUGAAACCAUGAUCAAAAUGACACGGGAGAAGAAAAAUGACUGA